CUUUUCACGCAAACAAUCAAUCACUCUCUCACUCAUUCACUCACGUUUCUUGUCAUCUCCUCCAUUCCACUCUCCAAACCAUCAACAUCACCAUUCAGCAAUGGCUUCCAAGCUCUGCGACUCAUGCAAAUCCGCCACCGCCACCCUCUACUGCCGCCCGGACUCCGCCUUCCUCUGCGCCCCCUGCGACUCCAAAGUCCACGCCGCCAACAAGCUCGCCUCCCGCCAUCCACGUGUCACUCUCUGCGAAGUCUGCGAGCAAGCCCCCGCUAGCCUCACAUGCAAGGCCGAUGCCGCCAACCUCUGCCUCUCCUGCGACCAUGACAUCCACUCCGCCAACCCCCUCGCCGCCCGCCACGAACGUUCCCCCGUCACUCCCUUCUUCCACUCCCCCGCCGCCAACUUCCUCGACCACCAACACUUGUUCACAGAUGCAAAACCAGAACCAGAAGCAGAAGCAGCAGAAGAAGAGGAAGAGGCUGAAGCUGCUUCCUGGUUGCUCCCGACUCCCAAGGAAGCAGAUCUGUUCUCCGAAUCAGAUCCACUCCAUUUCCUAGAUCUGGAACAGAAAAUCAGCGACUGCGUUGUUCCGGUGAACAGCAAUUUGAACCAUAUCCUUCCAUCACAGUCACAUUCACAAUCGCAGAGUGUAUCGUCGUGUUCGAUGGAGGUAGGGGUUGUACCGGAAGGGAGCACGAGCGCGAGCACGGUGGUGUCGGAGAUAUCGAACGGUGGCGGUGGUUACGAGAGAGCGGUGGAUAGGGAAGCGAAGGUGAUGAGGUACAGGGAGAAGAGGAAGAAUAGAAGGUUCGAGAAGACGAUACGUUACGCUUCGAGGAAAGCGUAUGCGGAAAGCAGACCGAGGAUCAAAGGCAGGUUUGCAAAACGCUCUGAUGAUAACAACAAUGCUGAUCUUCCAGCUGCAGCUCUUGUUCCAACUUGUUGAUUCACUCACUCACUCACAACAACCCUUGCAUUUGUGUAUAUGUAAUUAAAUUUCUUUCUUGUUUCCUUAAUUUUCUCUCUUUGUCUUUCUUUUUGGUUGCUGUUUUGUUUUGUAUAUAGUUUCAUGUUCUAUUGCAGUUUAAGUUGUGCAAAAUGUAAGUUGCUUGAAUGAAUGUUGUUGGUUUCUGUGGUA